AUGAAGUUGAAUGACAAGUUGAGCAACACGACAUUUGUUCGCUAUGUCCGAGCCAUCAAGGCAUCGCCGCGCAGCAUGAUCUUCAACCGACAUUUGCUCCUCUCGGCGGCUGGCUACGCAAUGUCAGGGAUCUGUAUCUCCUGGGAUCAGGCCUCCAGUUCCGUCAUUCCCGCGCUGCCCGGCUUCCAAGCUGCAUUUGGGAUCCAGUCGGCCGCGAACCCCAAAGAGAUUUCCAAUUUCGUAUCCUUCGUCUUCUUGACCGCUGGCCUCGGCUCUGCAGUGUCCUUCUUCAUCAACGAUCGCAUCGGCCGGCUCUGGUCCAUGCGGCUAUAUUUUCUCAUCUGGAUCGUUGGACAGCUGAUUGCCACAUUCUCCAACGGCCACCUAGGCGUGCUGUAUGCUGCUCGUCUUGUUUCGGGGCUCGGGAUAGGGCCGUUGACUGUGACCGGUCCCAUCUCCAUUGUGGAAAUUGCUCCCCCAGAGAUUCGUGGCCUGCUCACCGUCUGGUUCAAUGUCGUAAUGCUUACGGCGCUAACGAGUGCCCCCUUUGUCUCUCUGGCCUGCCUUAAAUAUCUCGAGUCAUCCAGGCUGCAGUACCAGAUCGUCUUCUUUGCUCCCACCAUUGUUGUCAGUAUAGUCAUCGUACUGAGCUUCUUCAUCAUGCACGAAUCGCCUCGUUGGCUGAUGCUCGUGGGCCGAGAGGAAGAAGGUAUCAAGUCCCUCCUCAAGCUUCGAGGCUUGCCGCUGGACCAUCCUCGUGUCGUUCAGGAGAUCCAAGGCAUUCGCGAUGAGCUCGAACGUGACCGCGCCUUGCAUGGUGAUGGAGGAAGCCUAUCCAUCAUCAAGGAGGCACUACUGGUCCCCUCGAAUCUCCGCCGCCUUUUGCUAGUCACGGUUGCCUACUGUCUCGCACAACUGUCUGGUGCCAACUCCUUGACAAGCUACUUGGUCGCCAUCUUGGAUAUGCUCGGUCAAGGUGGCGAUAGGGCCCAUUCCAUCACGAUCUCGGGGUUCUACUCACUGUCCAAACUCUUUUACACUCUAAUCGCAUCCUUCUUCUUCAUCGACGCAGUUGGUCGUCGAAAUUCUCUAUUCAUUGGUAUCAUCAUCCAAGCCAUCUCCGACCUUUAUAUUGCCGUCUUUAUCCAUCAGAAGCAAGCGGGGGCCGACAUCUCUCCCUCUGCUUCCCAGGCGGCGAUUGCAGCCAUUUUCAUCCACGGCUUUGGUUGGGCAAUCGGUCUUCUCAUCUUACCUUAUGUUUUUGGUGCAGAACUGUGGACCAACAGGAUCCGUUCAUUCGGCUCUGCUUUCACACAGGCUUUUCACUGGUGGUUCUUCUUUGGCAUGACGUUCGCAACGCCAAACAUCCUCUCCAGUAUGAAUAACUGGGGCGCUUUCCUCUUCUUCACAGGCAUCUGCUGUUUCUCUCUGGCCUGGUCAUAUUUUACUGUCCCUGAGACUGCAGGGUUGAGCGUGGAGGAGAUGAACGAUUUAUUCACUGGUUCAUGGUGGAGGAUGAGUUCCCAGGCAAAGAAGAUUAGGGCGAAGGCUUUCCCUGGCAUUAACGGAAUCGAGAGCGGGUCCGCCACCACGCAAACCAAGAUUCUCAAGGCUACUCCAUCUGUUGAUGAGGAAAGGUGA